UACGUCAAUUAAUAUGAAAUAGAUAGUAGUAAUAGAUAAUCAAGAGUUGGAUCCUAUGGUCCCAGUUGAUGUCAGGUACUUCAAUUAAACAUUCUUCAAUUUUCUCCUCUUGUAAUAAUAGCUAUUUUUGGUAGAUAAAGUUCAUCAACUCCAUCUAGCUUCAAAUACUUUGUAGUAUUAUUUUUUAAUAUAAUAUAUUUUUAUGGUAUCCUUCUUUGAACCCCGAAUAUGUUGGUAACUUAUAUUGACCACUUUAAGUGUACCAUGCUGUUCUUUUUUAGUUAAUGUUAGUUGAUUUUGACCGCAACAAAUAGAGAGUUAGAUUGGUAAUUAUUUUAGUUGAUUAAACUCCAAAUGAAAAGCAGCAGUAAUUAUUUCAGCAGCUUAUUAUUUCUGUGUUUUUUACUAUUUGUAUCUGUAAAUUCUUUUGAGGAACUGAAUAAUGUGAAGAGAUCAAAUUUCCCAGAUGGGUUUCUUUUUGGAGCUGCUACUUCUGCUUAUCAAAUUGAAGGGGCAUUUCUUGAAGAUGGCAAAGGGUUGAGUAAUUGGGAUGUUUUUAGUCAUACUAAUGGAAGGAUAAAGAACGGAGAUAAUGGAGAUAUAGCGGAUGAUCAUUACCAUCGGUUUCAGGAAGAUGUUGAGUUGAUGCACUCUAUUGGCUUGAAUUCGUAUCGUUUCUCCAUCUCGUGGAGCAGAGUUCUUCCUAGAGGAGGGUUUGGUAAAGUGAAUUUUGCUGGUGUUAUGUUCUACGACAAACUCAUCGAUUCUCUCUUACUCAAAGGAAUAACACCAUUUGUGACUCUCAAUCACCACGACCAUCCACAAGAACUCGAGGAAAAAUAUGGGGCCUGGCUUAAUCCUAUUAUGCAGGAAGAAUUUCUCUAUUUUGCUCAGAUUUGUUUCGAGAGUUUUGGCGAUAGAGUGAAGUACUGGACCACAAUCAAUGAGCCAAAUAUGUUUGCAGAAAUGGCCUAUGUGCGUGGAGUGUACCCUCCUGCUCGUUGCACCCCGCCUUUUGGUAACUGUUCAGCUGGAAAUUCUGAUACCGAACCUCUUGUUGCAAUGCAUAACAUGUUAUUGGCACAUGCCAAGGCUGCAAAACUAUAUCGCGAGCAUUUUCAGCCUAAGUAUGGUGGAUUGGUAGGAAUUGUUGUACAUUCAUUUAUGUAUAAACCAUUAAUGAAUAAUGCCUAUGACCGGGAUGCUGCUUACAGGGCUUUUGUAUUUACCGCUGCUUGGGUUUUUGAUCCUUUGGUACAUGGAGAUUACCCUCCAGAAAUGCGUAAAUAUCUUUUAGAUACACUACCGAGUUUCACCUCAGAUGAACGAAAGCUUAUCAAAGAUAGUAUUGACUUCAUGGGAAUAAACCACUAUGGCACUCUGUACGCUAAGGAUUGCAUUUAUUCAACCUGCGUUUGCUCCAAUUCUAGUUGCAUUGCGGGUGGGGAUCACCCUAUCCACGGCUAUCUCAUAACUCUAGCAGAAAAAGAUGGUGUUUCUAUCGGAGAACCGACAGGAAUGUCUCGAUUUUUUGUGGUUCCUAAAGGAAUGGAGGAGAUUGUGGACUAUAUGACGAAGCGAUAUCAUAACAAACCCAUGUUUGUCACUGAAAAUGGCUACUCUUCCCUGAAUCCUACUACUGCACAAGCGGAUGAAUUACAACAUGAUAUUAAGCGAGUCGAAUUCCAUAAAUCAUAUCUUGCAUCUUUGGCUAAGGCUAUCAGGAAAGGUGCUGAUGUACGCGGUUAUUUCAUUUGGAGCUUGAUGGAUAAUUUCGAGUGGACAGAUGGAUACGAGUUGAAAUUUGGUUUAUACUAUGUUGAUCGCGCUACUUUAGAUCGAGUUCCCAAGCUUUCAGCCAAAUGGUAUAGAGAUUUCUUGACCAACAGCAGCCUCAAUGGUGAAGAAACAGGAAAGGCAAUUUCAUUGAAGUAUGCACAAGCAGCAGAUCAUUUAUCAGACAAAUAGUCCUGCAAAAGUACUAGUAUUCACUAUAUCGCUCGACUCUUCAAAAAUGAUGUCACAUUCAUGUUAAAUCCUUCAAAAUUAUUUUGCUUCUGAAAGACCUGACACACAAUCAUUGACAUUUUUGAAGAGUACGAGCAACAUAAAUUUGUAUGUUACUAUUAUCUAUGAACGGAGCUCUACAUGAAUAAUAUGAUUGUUUAAAUGAAAAA